AUGGACAACAACAACCGCCCACAUCUCAACCUGGGCACCAACGACACCCGCAUGGCCCCGAACGAUCGUACCUAUCCCACCACCCCGUCGACCUUCCCGCAACCCGUCUUCCCGGGUCAACAAGCCGGUGGCGCCCAGGCCGGCCAGCAAUACAUGCAGCCCGGCAAUUAUUAUCAACAGAACCAGUAUGCCAGCCACUACACCCCAGGUGCCGACUACGGCUUCGUUUCUAACAUUGAUGGUACCAGCAAUGACCCCAACACUGGUCUCGCCCACCAGUUCGCCCAUCAGAACAUUGGUGGCCAAGGAAGAGCUUCUCCCUACGGCUCUCGUGGUCCAUCUCCCGCUCAACGCCCUCGCACAUCCGGAAACUCUGGCCAACAGCAAGCCUAUGGCAACUAUCUGAGCGCGCCGUCGUCCUCCAAUACUCAGCUCGAGUUCGCCCCUGCCCCCGAGCGGAACCCCGACAAAUAUGGCCCCAAUGCGAACAACAACCAGAAGAAGUGCUCACAGCUGGCCUCGGACUUCUUCAAGGACAGCGUCAAGCGCGCCAGGGAGCGCAACCAGAGACAGAGCGAGAUGGAGCAGAAGCUCGGUGAGACCAAUGAUCCCCGCCGUCGCGAAUCGGUUUGGUCAACCGCUGGCCGGAAGGAGGGCCAGUAUUUGCGCUUCCUGAGAACCAAGGACAAGCCCGAGAACUACCAGACCAUCAAGAUCAUCGGCAAGGGCGCUUUCGGCGAGGUUAAGCUGGUGCAGAAGAAGGCCGACGGCAAGGUUUACGCCAUGAAGUCGCUCAUCAAGACGGAAAUGUUCAAGAAGGACCAGCUUGCCCACGUCCGAGCAGAAAGAGAUAUCUUGGCCGAGUCGGACAGCCCAUGGGUCGUCAAGCUCUACACCACCUUCCAGGAUGCCAACUUCCUUUACAUGCUCAUGGAGUUCUUGCCCGGUGGCGACUUGAUGACCAUGCUGAUCAAAUACGAAAUCUUCUCGGAGGAUAUCACCCGUUUCUACAUUGCCGAAAUUGUCUUGGCUAUCGACGCCGUCCAUAAGCUGGGCUUCAUUCACAGAGAUAUCAAGCCAGACAACAUUCUUCUCGAUAGGGGUGGUCAUGUCAAGCUUACAGAUUUCGGUCUCUCUACCGGCUUCCACAAGCUCCAUGAUAACAACUACUACACACAGCUGCUCCAGGGCAAAUCCAACAAGCCGCGCGACAACCGCAACUCCAUUGCUAUUGACCAAAUCAACCUGACGGUCAGCAACCGUGCACAGAUCAAUGACUGGAGACGCUCCAGACGUUUGAUGGCCUACUCGACCGUCGGUACACCAGACUAUAUUGCUCCCGAAAUCUUCACUGGCCAUGGUUACUCGUUUGAUUGCGAUUGGUGGUCUUUGGGUACCAUCAUGUUCGAGUGCUUGGUCGGCUGGCCUCCCUUCUGUGCCGAGGAUAGCCAUGACACUUACCGCAAGAUCGUUAACUGGAGGCAUUCGCUUUACUUCCCGGAUGACAUCACCCUUGGUGCAGAUGCCGAGAGCCUCAUCAGAAGCCUCGUUUGCAACACUGAGAACCGUCUCGGCCGUGGUGGUGCCCACGAAAUCAAGAGCCACGCCUUCUUCCGCGGCGUUGAGUUUGACAGCUUGCGCCGCAUCCGUGCGCCCUUCGAGCCCCGUCUCACAUCCGCCAUCGAUACCACAUAUUUCCCUACGGACGAGAUCGACCAGACAGAUAACGCCACGCUGCUCAAGGCUCAGCAGGCCGCUAGGGGCGCCGCUGCCCCUGCGCAGCAGGAGGAGAGCCCAGAACUCAGCCUGCCAUUCAUUGGAUACACGUUCAAGCGCUUCGACAACAACUUCCGAUAA